UUUUACGGAUAGCAAGGACACAGCUGGGGGCAGCCGCGCAGAUAAGCCAGCGGCACCGACGACGGGCGAAUGUCGAGCGAAUUUCUCAGCGUGCGAAGGAGAUGCGCGUGUCAGGAGACCGCGGGGAAAUGAGUAAGGACGAGUCGGCCGAUACGUGGGUCAUGAGUCGCGCAAAAUGAGGAAAUUGUGUAACGCUACGGUGGAGGCCCGAACAACGGACUGCCUCGAAGUCACGAGACGUCUGCACAAGAGCGUGACAGAGAUUGUCAAGAAAUUGGAUGAACAGAAAAAUCGUGCUCUAACAGUAAGCGAUAUAUUUGUCCCAUCAGGAGAAGUGUUACGUGUGAAACUUAAAGAUUACUGUGAGAGAUUGAUAUUGAAAGAUCCUGUUGGAAAUGUGCAUAAAAUAGAGGAAUUAUUGUGGAGGAAAGCCUUUUAUGAUGUUGUUUAUACAGCCAAAAAAAUUAGAAAGGGUAAUAUCUGGAAUGAUUCGGAAAAAGCAUUAUUGUCGGUUCAUUUGGCAGUGGGUGUGGGAUAUUAUCAUCAUUUGAUACUCAGGCUACAAAUAGAAUAUGAUUUAGACCUUGUUGGUGUUGUUGAUUUUGCAUUCAUUCAAAAUGAAAGUGUUUCGUCAUAUGCAAGAACUAAGACUGGACAAUUUAAAACUCAUACCAAGGAAGUUAAACAAUGUGUCAUGCGUUUGAUCCAUCGAAGCUUGGUAUGCCUUGGAGACCUGACCAGGUACAAAUUAGAAUUAGAUUCAAAUUGGGAUCCAAUGAUAGCAAACAGAUAUUAUAAAAUGGCUAUAGCCAUUGAUCCAAAUAUUGGUAUGCCUUAUAAUCAGCUUGGUACUAUAGCGGGCAGCAAAAAUUAUGGAUUGGAUGCAGUCUAUCAUUAUAUGAAAAGUGUUUUAUGUCCUGAAUCAUUUGAAGGAGCAGAAGGGAAUUUAAAGAGAACCAUAAUAACUCAAUCUCUCUGUACAGAUGAAAACAAUUCUGUCCAUCACUGUGUGACGCGAUUAUUUUCUUUAUUACGUUUAUGGGAUUAUGAAAAUCCAAAUUCUGAUAGAAUAAAUCAGGAAUGCCAGGAUCUUUUAAAUGACAUAGAGAAAUGUUUAACAAUGGAACAAAUUGAGCCAAAUAACGCAAAUUGCCUUGAAAAUAUGGAUAGUAUAGAGACAUAUCUUCAACAUUGCAAAAACAGACCAACACUUUAUUUAACAGAUGACAUGGUGUUUAAGAUUGUGACAAUAUGCUUAAUGUCAAUUUCUAGAUUAAAGAGCAAAGAAUCUAGCGAAGUGCAGGGUGUUGUUGCUAUAACUUUGGCAAUACUAUCACAAUUACUGGAAUUUAUAAUAACGAGACUGCAAAACAUUGUCAUAGACAUGGCAGUGCCUGAUACAGAAGCAAUCGCAAAAGCAGAUAUGUAUUCUACAAAAUUGAAGAAUGCACAAGGAAGUCAAGAAUCAUUCAAGCAAAAAAACAAUAGAGAUUAUACAGAAGGAGAAGAUUCUGCUCUGAGCAAUGACAAUAAUGUACUCAACUUAGAUGAAACUAACAAAGCAAAAUUAUCAGAUAAUAAUGAAAUCGCGAACAAAGGCCCCAAAAAGAUUCGCGACAAAUCGAAAAGUCUUCUCAGCAAAUUGCGUAGACGAAAAAGGAGAACUAGCUCCGAUUCGGACGCAAGCGAUAUAGAACAAUCGACGUUGGCAUCGUCCAGCGAUGAGAUCAAUUCAGAUGUGUCUGAGACAGAAGGGGAUGAUGCAUUGAGCGAAGAAAAUGCCAUAUUAUCAGAUGAUAAUACCGACGACGAAGAGCCAUCACCAGCGAAUAAUAUCCAGAAUGCAGAAAACAUGACGCAAAAAGAAAUGAACGGUCACGUUAGCGAUAUCGCUAACAAAACGGAUAAUUGCGACGGAGGCGAUCAUUUAGUUAAUGGCAAGCAGCACACGACUGAUCAGCAAACAGAUUCAAAAACGAUAAGUGAUAAAGAUUCCGUAACGAAUUCCAGCAGCGUUGUAACGAUCACGACGAACGCGAGCUCAAGCAGUACUUUCGAGGACAACAAUCGCUUAUGCGGCGUGAACAAUGUUGUCUGUUACACGGCACAAUUGAAGAAGCGGAGCUUAAAACCGGACGAUAUUCUAAAUAUAUUGAUCGACAAGGAAAUGCUUAUGUCUAUCAAAGUAUGCUGUGAUUGGCUGCGAAGUAAUCCAGACAUUGUAAGGAUAUGUGCCAAGAGAACAUUGCUAAAACGUUUUACAAUCUUAUUGAAUUUGAUCAACAUGGACACCGAGGCUCUCGUACGAAAAACCGAUGAUUUUACGAUUCUGUCGAACAUGGAGAAAUUAAAAGAGUACGUGAAAACGGUACCUCUGCCAGAAGAUAUUGAUCUCAGGGGAUUGAAUUUGCUGGAAGAUGCUCAUAAAUCUCUCGAUUGGCAGAUACUGCGUAAAUAUAAAAUGAAUAAGCGGGAGGAGACGCUUCUGAGAGCAUUGAAGCUAAUCGAAUUUGGACAUCAUCUUAGUUCUGUCGAGAAUUCGGGUGUGCAAUACGAUCAGACGGAACGAUUAUUCGUGGCGACGGAUCCAUGUCCCUCGAACGCUUCAAAAGUUAUCGGUCUAGACGAAAAGAACUUCGGGCCUGAACAUUCGAAGGGGAAGCUUAUGAGACAUAUGGGUAAAUUAUGGUUAAAGGCCGAGGUUCGAGCUCUAGAGAGUCAGUUACGAUCUCGAUUGAUGUCGCCAUAUCUCGUACCCGAUCAUGAAGCGUUAGCCAAACAUACACCGGCUCUUAAGCGCUUAGUAUAUGCCAAGAAGUUUAUAGUGGUGAUUCCCGCAGUUGUUGUCUCUGCUUUGGACGAAGUGAAACGCGUAAGCGCCCAAGCGAGAGAAGCGACGCGAUGGUUGGAAACACAAUUGAGACGUGGCUCAAGAUUCUUGCGGGCGCAGAGACCUCACGAACGUUUGGCGCUUCCAUUGAUAAAAGGACCAAAACCGAAGGACAAGGAGGCAUGGUUAUUUUUCCAGAUAAUAGAAUGUUGUCACUAUCUUACUCAGCAAGCAAAAGUUGGUUUCACCAGUGACGGAGAGACACCAGUUGUAACCCUCUUGACUGGUUGUAAUUUGGAUGACAGAAAAGCUUUGACUUUUAGUCCCGAUGGAUUAGCGAAAAGUGCAGGCGUUAAUCUGGAGCAUAUAGAAUCGUUUCAAACAAAGUGGAAAUCGUCGGUUAAAAGCCAUGGUUGAGCAAAAAAUCACAUGUACGUGAUCAUCUGCUGUUAUUCUCAGUCGAUUCUCAGCCGAUCGGAAGGCGAGCACGGCAAGAGGGUUGGAAACCCACGCAUAUAAAACGGAAAAUUGACAGAGUUGUACCGCUAUAAAAUCGGUGUCAAUAGAAUGUCCUUUUCCAUCACACGCAGCAAAACUCUAAGUAAUAAAAUGACAAUUUUUCUCUUUCUAACCAUUCAUAUCGUCAUUUAUGUUUAAAGGAAUUGUAUUUUUAAGUAAACGUUUUUAAAUAAUUA